AUGUCAGUACUGCUCGCAGUAGAAGGCGUUGCCUCCUCGACCGCUGGUGAUGUUUGUUCGGCUCUUGCUGCGACGUUACCAGCCGAGGCGUUCCUGGCGCCGAACACAACCGGAUACCAAGCUAUCAAAGAUAACUACUGGAGCCAAACUGCCGGCAGCCUGAGCCCGAUUUGCAUCACUCGUCCCAAAGACGCACAGCAGGUGGCAUCCAUCGUCAAGAUACUGUCUUCCUCCGGCAAAGAUGUCCGACUAGCCAUCAAGAGCGGAGGUCAUGGCUCAUCGCCGGGUUGGUCAAACACCGACGGUGGCGUCCUUAUCUCGCUUGACUUGAUCAACGGGACCCAAAAUGUGGCCGACAAAGGCCAUGCUGUCGUGGGAACCGGUGCACGUUGGGUGGAUGUGUACAAAACAUUGGAAGCCGAGAAGGUGACAGUCAUAGGGGGCCGGUUCUCAGCAAUCGGUGUUGGCGGCCUUCUCGUCGGAGGCGGUCUCAGCUACUUCAGCGGGUUACACGGACUCGCAUGCGACAACGUCCUCAACUAUGAGGUUGUUCUUGCCGACGGAACUAUCGCCAACGUCAAUCAAACGUCCGAGCCUGACCUCUUCCGCGCACUCAAGGGCGGCGGUAACCAAUUUGGCAUUGUGACGCGCUUCACUCUCAAGACCUAUCCUCUCGAGUCGCAGAUAUGGGGCGGCAUUCUGUCCUUCUCCAUCGACAAAGCUGAAGAGGUCUUCAACGCUACGCAGACCUUCAGUGCGAAGUACGACCCCAAUUCACACAUCUACCUCAGCAUGGGAGGCGGCGCAAAUCCACAGUUGUCCUUCCUCAACGUGUACGUCUUUUACAACGGCCCCUCUCCACCUGCUGGGGACACCAGCCCCUUCGCCCCUUUCUACGCGGCCAAGCCUAUGGCAGACAGCACCACCGCACAGAGUUAUUCGGCCCUCAUUGCAUCAAACAACAAUGGAAAUCUGCCUCUCAAGCGCUGGCUGAUCGGUGGCCACACGUUCCCGAACCUUGAGGCGCCGCAUGGGGGUAGCCUUUACCUCAAGCACUGGCAGAAUUUCCGUGACAAAGCCAACGCCACGGCGGCCGGGGACGUAGGUCUGCUCUUCUCCAUGGCACUCGUCCCAGUUCCCGCCCGCGUCAUGAGCGCGGGCGAGAAUGUGACGGGCGUCAAAAAUGUGAUGGGUCUCGAGCCAGACGCUGGCGACACUGCGUGGAUCGACUACUCACUCGCAUGGGGAGAGGCGAAAGACGACGCGAAGAUGUUCGGGUUCGCCGAAGAAAUGAGCAAGGAGGGUGAUUCGAUGGCGACGACCUUUGCCCCCGGCGUGCUCAGUUCGAAUGCUGUUACUGGAUCUGCAGCCGUCAAGAACGCAGACUUCUAUCGGACGAACCCAAGGUACAUGAACUAUGCACUGCUGAAUCAACCUGUGCAGGCGAGCUACGGCCAGGAGAGUCAAAAGUUCUUGCGGGAUGUGCAGAAGCGAUAUGAUCCAGCUGGUCUGUGGAGGCGGGACGGCGGGUUUCUAUGGGAUUGA